AUGGAGGACUUCAAUAGUGAAACGGACAGCGAUUACACCAGCUACUGGCGAGACUGGGGCCACUGUGCCCAUGGAAUGGAGGAUGAGGAGCGUCUGUCGAGUGUCUGCCGCCCCGCGCCUGCGCCUGCCCCGCCGUGGUGGAAUCUGAGUAGACCCGGACUCUGGCAUCAAGUGCUAGGCAUGUUGCCUCGACGGUUGUCCCAGCGAUCUGCAACACGUCUCCCGCCGACAUAA